AUGACAGCAGAAUUACUUGAAAAGUGGUUUAAUGAACAGCUUUUACCUAACGUUCCACCACAGUCAGUAAUCAUUAUGGACAACGCAUCCUACCACUCGCGGCAACUUCUUAAAAUACCAAAUAGUAGCAGUAACAAAGCUCAAAUUUUAGCUUUUGUGUAUGAACAAAAUAUUCCUAUUCCUUCCAGUGAUCGUAAAAAAGGCUCAACAUACAAAAAAUUGCUUACUGUUAUUAAAGAGUUAAUAUGGGCAAACGUAAAAUCAGAAUUACGAAAAUGUAAUCAGUCUCCAGAACUGAGUAAAGAGGUUGUAGAACUCGUAAAGAAAGUUUUAGCAGCAGACCGCCAAGAGCGUUGGAAAAACUGUGUUGAAGAUGUUAUCAAAGAAGAUGAGGAUAUUAUGCAAAAGGGUGGAAAUGUUAUAGAUACAGUCAUUGCUACGGCGUUCUGCGAGGGCGUGGUCAACCCGAGUACAAUGGGUAUAGGAGGUGGUUUCUUGGCAACGUUUUAUCAGAAAAAAACGGGAGAAGUGUUUAGUUUUAACGCUAGAGAAUCAGCUCCAGCUCUUGCUUCGGAGGAUAUGUUUAAAAAGAACACUUCGCUGUCUGGAAGUGGUGGUUUAUCGGUGGCUAUUCCCUCUGAAGUGCGAGGCUACUGGCAUCUUUAUAAAAAAUGGGGAGGCGGAGUACCGUGGCGAUACCUGGUGGAACCAACAAUUAAAUUGUGCAAAGAAGGUAUUCCUAUGAACGAACUGACAGAAAAAAAUGCAAAAAAUCAGAUUGAAGCCAUUCGAGCUGAUCCUGGAUUAAGGGCAAUUUUUAUAGAUCCCGCCACUGAUCAAAUAUACAAAUAUGGCCAGCUGUAUAAGAGACCCAAGUUAGCUCACACCUUAAGAAUAAUCGCAAAAGAAGGAGGCGAUGCUUUAAACGGAGGCUCUUUGACAAAAGCUCUAGCUAAGGACAUUCAGGACAAGGGAGGUAUAGUCACUGUAAAGGAUCUGGUCAAUUACAAGCCAGAAAUCAUGAAACCGGUUCAUACUCAAAUACUCGAUAAGGAUAUAUUUUCCAUCCCAGUACCAGGAUCCGGUGCAGUUUUAACCUAUAUUAUGAACAUUCUGGAAAAUUCUCUUGAUACCAAUAACCACGUAUCAACUUUAAACUACCAAAGAUUGGCUGAAGCAUUGAAAUUCGCAUAUGGACAAAGAAGUCGAUUGGGCGAUAGCGGUUUUGUUGAAGGUGUUCACGAAUUGGUUGACAAACUGAUUUCCAAAAAAUACGCCGAAGAAACCAGAUUCAAAAUAAGCGAUAACAAAACUUUUGAUGAUCCUGAUUAUUACGGAUCAUACACCGAAUCCAAAGAAGACCAUGGAACCGCUAACAUUUGUGUAUGGGGUCCCGAUGGAGAUGGUAUAUCGCUUACAAGUAGUAUUAAUUUUAUUUUUGGAGCUGCUUUUGCGUCAAAAAGCACAGACAUUAUUUUAAAUAAUUCAAUGGACGACUUUUCAAGUCCUGGUAUAACAAAUGUCUAUGGAUACCCACCGUCUCCAGCUAAUUUUAUUAGACCCGGAAAACGUCCCCUAUCCUCUAUGAGCCCGUCUAUUAUUCUGGAUAAGGAUAAGGAGCUUUUUAUGGUUGUAGGUGGUGCUGGUGGAAGUAAAAUUAUAUCUAGUGUUGCUCAGGUGAUAAUAAAUAGGCUGUUUUUCAAUAUGGAUGUCAGAAGCGCUUCGAAUUUGAAGAGGAUUCACCAUCAACUUAUUCCGAUGACUCUCUAUAUGGAAGACGAAUGGUUAAUAGAAGAUGAAGAUGUAGUUCUUAAUCUGAAAGAAAUAGGCCACAACGUAACCUUUACUGCAGCUGACGGAUUUGUAGCAGUAACAGCUAUAUCUGUAGACGACGCCAGGAGAUCAGAACUGAUAGGAGUCCACGACAAAAGAAGACUGGGAUCUGUUGCUUAUUUAAAAUAG